AUGGCCGGCUACAUGGGGAUCACGUCGCCACGCGAUGGCCUCACGAAGCGGUACCUGACGAUUCCCGUCGUCAACACGAACGAGGUCGGGCCGAGCUUCCUGUACCCGACCAAGGACUGCGGCUACGAGGACGUGACCGCGCCGGACGACGACCUCAACGCGAUCCGCGACAAGCUCAACAAGCCCAAGCACCUUCUAAGCGAGUGGCCGGCGACUGCCAUCUCGGGUAACGACCUCUUGGGCUCGGUCCUCUACUCGGCCGGCAUCGUCGCCAGCAAGGCCGGCUGCCUCUCGCCCAUCUGCAUGGUCAUGGUCUCGCUCGUCCUGUAUCUCUUUCGGUUCAUUUACGAAGAGGUCGUGACCGCGAUUCCGAUGAACGGCGGGUCGUACAACUGCCUCUUGAACGCGACCUCCAAGCGCGUCGCGGCCGUUGCCGCCUGUCUGAGCAUCCUCGCGUACCUCGCGACGGCCGUCGUCUCGGCCACAUCGGCGUGCUACUACCUCCAGACGCAGGUGCCCGGUCUGCCCGUGCUUGGCACGUCCAUUGCGCUCCUCGGUCUUUUUGGCCUUUUGAACAUCAUUGGCAUCUCCGAGUCGUCGAUCGUGGCGCUUGUGAUUUUCAGCCUCCAUGCGCUGACGCUGACGGUCGUUGCCGUCGCCAGCCUCAUCUUUAUGAUCCACCACCCAGACGUGAUCCAAGCCAACUACCGUCGCCCCUUCCCCGACGUCGACUUUGUCGGGAGUCUUGUCUCUGGUAAUUUCAUGACCGCCCUCUUCUUCGGCUUCUCGGCGUCGAUGCUCGGCGUGACGGGGUUUGAAACCUCGGCCAACUUUGUUGAAGAGCAAAAGCCCGGCGUGUUUCGCAAGACGAUGCGGAACAUGUGGGCACUCGCGUCGGUCUACAACAUUUCGCUCGCCAUUUUGAGCCUUGGCGUGCUUCCGAUCGACGUCAUGAUGGCCAACCCGAGCGUCGUGCUGGCGCAAAUGGGUCUCGCGGCCGGCGGCCACUGGCUCCAGCUCUGGGUCGCAAUUGAUGCGUUCAUUGUGCUCUCGGCUGGCGUGCUCACGGGCUACGUGGGCAUCACAGGGCUCAUUCGCCGCUUGAGCAACGACCGCGUCAUGCCCGAGUUUCUCAGCUACGAAAACAAGUGGCGCCACACGCCGCACAACAUUUCGAUCUCGUUUUUUGUCAUUGGGUCGAGUCUCAUUCUGGCGCUCGACGCCGACGCGACCAUGCUCGGCAACGUCUUUACGUUUGCGUUCCUCUCGAUGAUGUUCCUUUUUGGCUUUGGCUGCAUCAUGCUCAAGCUGAAGCGUCAAGACAUCCCCCGCGCCGUCCACGCGCCAUGGUGGACGUGCAUCCUUGGCUGUACGCUGGUCGCGCUCGGCUACUUUGGGUCGCUUCUCGGGGACCCCAAAGUCUUGCUGGUGUUCUUUCUCUACUUUAUGGUCAUCGCGGUCGUCGUCUUCUCCAUGCUCGAGCGCAUGAUGGUGCUUCGGUGCCUCAUCUUUCUUGUGCACAUGGUGUGCGGCAAGGAGGCGCCGGUGGAGACGGAUCCGAUCGCGGACGUCGAAGCCAACGUCCUUCCCCGCGUCCAGCACACAGACGACGGCAAUGAUCGCAGCAGUCAAGUGACGACCAAGCACAAGUUUUACGAGCACGAUACGCACCGCGUCGCGCUGCUCACGCGGACCAUCAAGCGCAUUAACUCGCGGCCCAUGGUGUUUUUUGUCAAGGAGAACAACCUCGUCCUCAUCAACAAGGCCAUUUUGUACGUUCGGAGCAACGAGAUCACGCACUACAUGCGGUUCUUCCACGUGUACGCCACCGACGAUGCAGCGACGCGCGCCCACAUCGCCGAGCUCCGGGAUAUCAUCACGCUGUUUGACGGUGUGUACCCCAAACUCCACUUGGACUUUGUCUCGGUGCACGGGCAUUUUGAUCCGGCGACGAUUCUCUGGAUUGCGGACGAGUACAAGAUCCCGACCAACUUUAUGUUUAUCAAGCAACCUAGCAACAUUGCGGUCCACAAGGUCUCGUCGCUCGGCGUCCGCGUCAUCACCGGUUAAGACCACGUAGACACGACUGGAAACGUAAUUCGCUUGGAUGCGACGUCGUCUUACUAGUAACGUUAUGUGGAGCAAUCGACUGACUUGUGUACUAUGGGC